UUUCUCACGUAUUUCACGAGUGAAAGCCGUUGUUCUUUUUUUUAAAUAUUUAUUGAGAAUAGAAAUUAUAUUCAGACAUCGUAGUUCUACUUCAAAAUUAGCUUGAAAAACAAAACAAACGAAAACAGCUGUAAAGUAUAGUCUUGAUGUUCUGCCAAAAACCGUGUGCGUGUGAGCCAAUGUUCCAAAACAAAUCCCAUUUCCUGAAAUCAAUAAAUAUGAAGAAGUGAUCUUGCUGUGUUUUUAUUCUUCUAGAAUAAUGGCUUCCUCUCUGAGACAUUCUCUCACAACCAAGGUUUUGCAAAGUCUGAGGUGCAUCAAUAAUAUUGUGCUACCAGAAGAAACUCUACUUAACAGUGCCUUACAAGUCAAUCCAAGUUCAAGUAAAAAUCGAAUUGAAUUGCAGCUUCCUCUUUACUCUGUGAUUGGACAAGGAGAUAGUCAUGUGGACAAGAAGUCGAUGUUUCGAAGAGGUGGUGAAAUUGUAAAAGGAUUUGCGACAGAUGAAACCGUAACUGGCAUCUCUUUGUCUCCCCCAGAAUCAAAAAACCUUUUUGUAAAUUUUCAUCUUGACAUCAGUCACUACUGUCGAGAUUUACUGUUUGAUAUUCUAGGCACCCACGAAGAAGAAUAUGUUUCCAAGAAGCUGUUUUCUGUACCAAAAGACCAAAUAAUUGUCGAGUUUAGUUCCCCAAAUAUUGCCAAGCCCUUUCAUGUUGGUCAUUUGAGAUCAACUAUCCAUGGCAACUUUCUUUCUAAUCUUUUCACUGCUCUGGGUCAUAAUGUCAAACGACUUAACUAUCUGGGUGAUUGGGGAACUCAGUUUGGGCUUCUCCAAUUUGGGCUUGAUCAAGGCUGGUUUAGUUGGGAUGAGAUAUCAAAGAACCCUAUUCGUUCGCUACUAGAAAUAUAUGUAAAGGCCAACGCUAUGGCCGAGAAGGACGAAAGCGUUUCCGCAGCAGCGCGCAGUCUGUUCCAAAGGUUAGAGAGUGGCGACCAAGAAUUAUCGAAAAACUGGGCCGAGAUUCGACAGCACACUGUGACUGAAUUGCGCCAAACAUAUGCUCGUUUGGGAGUUAAAUUCGACGAAUUCAACUGGGAGUCCCAAUACGGGAUCAAGGAGUCGGCCAAAGUUUUGUCCAUAUUGGAAAAGUCUGGCCAUCUUGUUACAAAAGCCGGCGAAGGAACGAAAGUCGUCCGAUUAAAUGAAAAAAAGAUGGUUACAUUGGUCAAAAGUGAUGGUUCCAGUUUGUACCUAACGAGAGAUGUGGCCGCAGCCAUCGACCGAUGGGGGGAAUUCCCUUUUCGACGGAUGCUCUACGUAGUCGAUAACGCCCAGUCUGACCAUUUUGUAGCUCUCAAAAGUAUUCUCAGUCUUAUGGAUCAUGCGUGGGCGAGCAACAUUGAACAUGUCAAAUUCGGCCGUAUUAAAGGCAUGUCGACUCGAAAGGGCACGAUAGUUUUCCUUAGCGAUUUGUUGGACGAAGCCCACGCAAGAAUGAAAGCCAAGCAAAUUACCAGCCAAAAUACAAGAGUCAACGUCGAAGAAAAUCCGCAAAUCACGGAUAUUCUAGCUGUAUCCGCCGUCAUCAUCAACGAUCUCAAGCAACGAAGGCAAAGGGACUACGUUUUUAAUUGGGAUGACGCCCUUCAGGACAAAGGAGACACUGGUAUCCGGCUGCAGUACACACAUUCCCGACUGCACAGCCUUGAGAAAAUGUGUGGAGUCUGUUUACCAGAGGAUCUCGAUAGCCUGGAUACUAGUUUGAUUCAAGAACAGGAGUUGAUUGAUUUGAUGAGGGAUUUGGGCCGAUUCCACCAAGUGCUGCAGGAUUCGUAUAUCCAUCUCGAGCCGUGCACUCUAGUCCGUUAUCUCUUCGAUUUAAGUCAUUCACUUGGCGUAGCGCUCAAGACCAUACCCGUCAAGAGUCAAGACACUGAAUUGGCUCAAGUCCGCCUUGCAAUAUUUUCCGCCUCCAAACGUGUCUUGAGUAUUGGCCUAAAAAUCCUCGGUCUUCAACCUCUCGAAGAAAUGUAAUCCCGCCGUUUUGCUACCCCCAGUCAAAGUAAUUAUACAUUAGGUUCGAUAUUU